UGAUCAGUAAAGAACCACUUCAAAGUCCAGCUGGAGAACCAACACACACACACAAACACACAGAUUCCAGAAGGAGAGAGAGCAGGAUGUGGCUCGUUCCAGUGAUAGUUGUAGCAUGUCUCCUGAACAGCCCUGCUUUAGCUGGAGUCAAGGACUUGAGUUCACACUUCAGCACACUUGAGAAGGAAAAGACAGUGGAUGCGCGUGGACUAUCUCCAGGUGGAGAAAACACAGACAUGGAGUCCAUUCCCCUAGACUUCCAUCGGGAAAACACCGUCACGAAUGACCUCCCGGAGGGCCAGGAUGACGAAGAUUAUGUAGACUUCGAUAAAAUCUUGGGUGAAGACGACUACAGUGAAGGCGAUCAUAUAGACGAGAUCUCCACCCCUGCUCCAGACCUUGACCUCUUCUAUGAGCCUAGUGACCCUAAAAUUCGUAGAGCACGUCUAUUGCGGCUAUUCCACGGUCAAACACGCCUCCAGCGCAUCAACGUUGUCAAUGCACGCUUCGGGUUUCGACUUUAUCGGAAACUGCGCAAUCGAUUAAACCAAACGGACAACAUUCUUCUUGCUCCGGUUGGGAUUUCCAUCGCAAUGGGGAUGAUGGGUUUGGGAGUGGGUCCGAACACUCAAGAGCAACUCUUCCAAACUGUGGGAUUUGCAGAAUUCGUCAAUGCCAGCAAUCAUUACGAUAACUCGACCGUGCACAAGCUGUUUCGCAAACUCACGCACAGGCUCUUCAGACGAAACUUCGGCUACACGUUGCGAUCGGUUAACGACCUCUAUGUGAAACGCAAUGUGCAGAUACAGGACAGUUUCCGGGCGGAUGCUAAGACGUACUAUUUUGCUGAGCCACAGUCUGUUGAUUUCGCCGAUCCAGCGUUCCUUGUGAAAGCCAAUCAGCGGAUUCAGAAGAUCACCAAAGGUCUGAUAAAGGAGCCGCUGAAGAGCGUAGACCCGAACAUGGCCGUGAUGCUCCUCAAUUACCUCUACUUCAAAGGUACGUGGGAGCAGAAGUUCCCGAAGGAGCUGACACACCACAGGCAAUUCCGUGUCAAUGAGAAAAAGCAGGUGCGUGUCCUCAUGAUGCAGAACAAGGGGAGUUACCUGGCAGCGGCCGACCACGAGCUCAACUGUGAUAUACUGCAGUUGCCCUAUGCCGGAAACAUCAGCAUGCUCAUCGCCGUUCCUCAGAAACUCUCGGGAAUGAGAUCCCUGGAGCAGGAGAUUUCCCCAACCCUCGUCAACAAGUGGCUUAGCAAUAUGACCAACAGGACUCGUGAAGUGGUGUUCCCUCGGUUUAAGCUGGAGCAGAACUAUGACCUGAUUGAGCACCUGAAGGAAAUGGGAAUGACGGAUAUAUUCACGGAAAAGGGCGACUUUUCUCCGAUGACCUCAGAGAAAGUCAUCAUUAACUGGUUUAAGCAUCAGGGCAGCAUUACGGUAAAUGAAGAAGGAACGGAGGCUGCAGCCAUGACACACAUCGGAUUCAUGCCUUUAUCAACACAAACACGCUUCAUUGUGGAUCGACCAUUCCUCUUUCUCAUCUAUGAGCACCGUACUGGCUGUGUUGUGUUUAUGGGACGUGUGGUUGACCCUUCACAGAGUUAAUCUCAUAUAAAGUCAGAAUUAUUAACCCUUCAGUUUUUCCCAAAUGUCUGUUUAAUGAAGAGAUUUUUUCCAACACAUUUAUAAUCAUAAUAGUUUUAAUAACUCAUUUCUAAUAUUGGAUUUAUUUUAUCUUUGUCAUGAUGACAGCACAUAAUAUUAGACUAGAUAUUCUUCAAGACACUUCUAUACAGCUUAAAGUGACAUUUAAAGGCUUAACUAGGUUAAUUAUGGUAAAGUUAGGGUAAUUAGACAAGUCAUUGUAUAACAGUGGUUUGUUCUGGAGACAAUCCAAAACAAAUAUUCCUUAAGGGGGCUAAUAAUAUUGGCCUUAAAAUGGGUUUAAAACUGCUUUUAUCCUAGCCAAAAUAAAACAAAUAAGACUUUCUCCAGAAGAAAAAAUAUUGUAGGAAAUACUGUGGAAAUUUCCUGAAUCUGUUAAAUAUCACUUGGGAAAUAUCUGAAAAAGUAAAUACAAAAUCACAGGAGGCGAAUAAUUCUGACUUCAACUGUACACAAUCAGAGCUGGGUAGUGACUGAUUAUUUGUAAUCUGGAUUAUGCUAUCAUAUUCCAAAAAUCGAGUACUUUAAAUUAGAGUUAAGCACCUUUUAAGGUACUGGUAAUCAGAUUACUUUUUUAUGAAUUACAUAUUAUUUACGUAAUGGCGGUAAGUUGUUUACAAUUCAUUGAUUCUUUUCUUUAAAUGUUUAUAUUUUUCAUACACUCAUACAUAUUCAAACAUAUUUAGGCCUAACAAAAAAAGCUUUAUGUAUUCUUAUCGCAUAGACAAUUAGCAUCCAUUUGGAUUACCUACCUUCAUCAUUAUUGAACUAAUAAACUUUAUGUGACUGAUAUCUGUAAGUUAAAUAUGCAGUAAAUAAAACAAAUAAGUAAUGU